GAUCCCGAAGUUAUUACUAAAACAUUUGUUUUUGUUUUUGUUUUUUAUCUUUGAUACAUAACAAUAGCAAAAUAAUAUUUGUAAAUAUUAAAUGCCAUUCUCCAUAGUGGGUUUUUAAGGAAAAGUAAUUAUUGUAUCUACUCUCAUUUUUCAUACCAAUAAGACAUCGGGCUCGAAAUUUCGACAAAGUGAAAGUAGAAAAUGGCUUAUUUGUCAUUUCAACCUUUACGGCAGUUUUCAAGAAUUGUGACACAACAGUGCAGAGUAUUUCACAGUCAUCAGAAAUUAACAGCUGCAAAAUGGAAUAUUGGCAAGAUCAAUCAUGUUGCCAUUGCAACUCCUGACAUUGAAAAGGCAGCUUCCAUGUUUAGAGAUGUCCUUGGAGCCAAAGUCAGUGAAAAGAAUCCCCAACCAGAGCAUGGAGUGUACACUGUGUUUGUGGAGCUCGGGGAAACAAAAAUAGAGCUUUUAAAUCCACUUGGAAGUAAAAGUCCAAUCCAAAAUUUUUUGGACAAAAAUAAAAGUGGUGGCAUGCAUCAUAUCUGCAUAGAGGUAGAUGAUAUUACAGAAGCCAUGAAAGACCUCAAAUCAAAGGGUGUUCGGCUUCUGAGUGAGGAAGCCAAAAUUGGAGCCCACGGUAAACCUGUUGUGUUUCUUCAUCCGAAGGACUGUAAUGGUGUAUUAGUAGAGCUGGAACAAGUGUGAUGUCAAAAUGUCAGAAAACCUGUUGUCCUUUUCUCAGUGCUCUCUCAACAGACAUUUAACUGACUGCUGCCCAGCAAGUGUUAAUUUUAUUAGUGCAUUGGCUUGUAAUGUAAUCCUCAAUUAUAUAUAUGCACUAUAAUCCUUGGCCAAAUAUUGCUUCUGAAUUUAUGAUUCUUAUCAUCCACAGACAGAGCUUGAACAUACUUUCAUAAAGCUCCUGAAACGAUAUUUUAAAUUCACAAAAGACAUAUGCUCAAUUGAGUUUCUGAACGUUAAAAUUUGUAAAUACAGUAUAACAAUGCACAGUGGAAACACUUAUAAUGAAUUCCUGCUUACAACAAAGUGAUUUUCAUUUCCUAUAGUUUUUUAACAUAUAUUAUGAACUUAUUGGAUAUAACAAAUUGUAUGUAUGUUUAUAAUGAAUCAGAUUUGUUAUUCUCCAGUACUUGGCUCUAAGCAAGCUUUUUGUGUGUAUACUGUUACUGGUAUAUUUUAUGUCGUCUUUGAAUGAGAUGUGUUAAAAUAAAAAAAAAUAUGUCUA